AUGAGAAGUCAGGUACUGCUUCUCUUCCUGCUGUCUUUGUUGUGGAGGGCAAUCUCCCAGGAGAUCCAGUACUCGAUUUCAGAGGAGCUGGCCAAGGGCUCAAGGGUGGGGAACCUGGCCAAGAAUCUGAGGCUCAGUGUCCAGGAGUUGCCAGCUCGAAAACUGCAGAUUAGUGCAGAGGAGUUUUUCAUUGUGAGUGCAGAGGUGACAUUAAUGCCCUUCUCUAGCCAGAUUCCCGAGGGCUCAGACCUUGGAACCAUAAUAGCCCUCAUUGAAGUCCGAGACCAGGCUGGGCAAAAUGAUAUGGUGACAUGCUAUAUUCAGGAAGGAGUUCCCUUCAAAUUAGAAUUCACCUCCAAGAAUUUUUACAAGCUAGUGAUUGACGGUGCCCUAGACCGAGAGCAGAGGGCAGAGUACAAUGUUACCAUCACAGCCACCGACAAGGGCAAGCCGCCCCUCUCCUACAGUACAAGCAUCACCCUACACAUCCGCGAUGUCAACGACAACGCUCCAGUUUUCCACCAGGCCUCCUACGUGGUCCACGUGGCAGAAAACAACCCGCCUGGAGCCUCCAUCGCCCAAGUUAGCGCUUCAGAUCCAGACUUGGGGCCCAACGGCCACGUCUCCUACUCCAUCCUGGCCAGCGACCUGGAGCCGCGCGCGCUGUCGUCCUACGUGUCCGUGAGCGCACAGAGCGACGUGGUGUUCGCGCAGCGCGCCUUCGACCACGAGCAGCUGCGCGCCUUCGAGCUGACGCUGCAGGCCCGCGACCACGGCUCGCCCGCACUCAGCGCCAACGUGAGCCUGCGCGUGCUGGUGGGCGACCGCAACGACAACGCGCCCAGGGUGCUGUACCCGGCGCUGGGGCCCGACGGUUCGGCGCUCUUCGACACGGUGCCGCGCGCCGCGCAGCCCGGCUACCUGGUCACCAAGGUGGUGGCGGUGGACGCCGACUCUGGACACAACGCCUGGCUGUCCUACCACGUGCUGCAGGCCAGCGAGCCCGGACUCUUCAGCGUGGGGCUGCGCACGGGCGAGGUGCGCACGGCGCGGGCCCUGGGCGACAGGGACGCGGCCCGCCAGCGCCUGCUGGUUGCUGUGCGCGACGGGGGACAGCCACCCCUCUCGGCCACCGCCACGCUGCUCCUGGUUUUCGCGGACAGCCUGCAGGAGGCGCUGCCGGACCUCAGUGACCACUCUGAGCCCACUGACCCCCAAGCUGAGCUGCAGUUUUACCUGGUGGUGACCUUGGCCUUGAUCUCGGUGCUCUUCCUCCUGGCAGUGAUUCUGGCGGUCGCCCUACACCUUCGACGCUCCUCCAGCCCCGCUGCCUGGAGCUGCUUUAAGCCUGGUCUGAGUUCCAAGUCUGUGGAGGGUUCCCCCAACUACAGUGAGGGAACAUUGCUCUAUUCCUACAAUCUGUGUGUUGCCUCGCAUUCAAUUGUGCGAUUUAAACUGUGA